CCAGCGGUUCAACCGACUCUCUAGAAACGGCUGACAUUUAAACUCACGCUUCUAAAGGUACAGUACAUAUUUCUCCGACAAAUAAUUCCGCAAUCAAAGACAAAUUUCUAACCGGUAAAAAUCUACACAAACAAAGAACAAUCAGAAAUCAAAACAAAGAAAGAAAAAACUUCCAUUUUUAGGGUUUUAACAAACUAUGGCAGAACACGAUGAAUCAAAACCUGAAUCAUUCGUUGAAAAGAUCGCGGAGAAAAUUCACCAUCAUGAUUCUUCAUCUUCAGAUUCAGAUGAUGAUAAACCCGCACCUUCUUCAUUGAAAUCCAAAAUUUAUCGUCUGUUUGGAAGAGAUAAGCCUGUUCACAAGGUUCUCGGUGGUGGUAAACCUGCGGAUAUUCUUCUGUGGAGAGACAAGAAAACUUCUGCUACGAUCCUAGGGAGUGUUACCGCUGUUUGGGCUUUGUUUGAAGUAUUUGAGUAUCAUUUGCUCACUUUGAUUUGCCAUCUCUUGAUACUUACCAUUACCGUGCUGUUCCUGUGGUCAAAAGCUUCGAGCUUCAUUAACAAGGCUCCUCCGAAAAUUCCUGAUGUACGGAUCCCUGAGGGUCCAAUCCUAGAAUUUGCAUCGGCUUUAAGAUAUGAAAUUAAUCGCGGGCUUCAAUCUCUUCGUGAGAUUGCAUCAGGGAAAGACUUGAAGAAGUUUCUUGCUGUGAUUGCUGGUUUGUGGGUAUUUUCAAUAUUGGGAAGCUGCUGCAACUUCUUGACAUUGUUCUACACAAGUUUUGUUCUGCUUCAUACCUUGCCAGUACUGUACGAGAAAUACGAGGAUCAAGUAGAUGCAUUUGCUGAAAAAGCAAUGAUCGAGAUUAAGAAACAAUAUGCAGUCUUUGACGAAAAAGUAUUGAGCAAAAUCCCUAGGGGUCCAUUGAAAGAUAAGAAGAUUGCUUAAUGUGAUACGGUGUUACUGGUACGUAGUUGUUUGGGGUAUUUGGUAGCCAGGUAGAUACAUAAUGUUAUUAAUUGUCCAGUAAACUACGUUGAUACUUGGGUAGAUUUCCUAUGUGCACAAAUAUGGAUAUUUCUAUACUAGACAACAGACAUGAAAACAACAGUUUUCAUCUGCUAUCAUUUGAGAUGAUAAGUUAAUUUUAUUUUGCUCAAUGACUUUGAUUGUUUAUUUGUUUGAUUUAUUCAUGUCUUCUUAUCCACUGUAUUUAACA